CUCCCGCGGUGGUGUAUCAGUGCUCCGCUGGAUCUCCGAAGCUUCGACUGUCUCCGCCGCUGUCGACCGAACCGCAACGCGUUUAUUUUCGGCUGAGAGACUCGAGGCGCCCCGGUCUGCCCGCCAUGGUUGAUUACCACGCCGCCAACAGCGCCUCUUCCUCCGGCCAGCCCAGCUACAUGGAGCCGGAGAGCGACUGGGACCGAGACCUGCUGCUGGACCCGGCCUGGGAGAAGCAGCAGAGGAAGACGUUCACGGCCUGGUGUAACUCGCACCUGCGUAAGGCAGGAACUCAGAUAGAGAACAUCGAGGAGGACUUCAGAGACGGCCUGAAGCUCAUGCUGCUGCUGGAGGUCAUUUCAGGUGAGAGGUUACCUAAGCCUGAGAGAGGGAAGAUGAGAGUCCACAAGAUCAACAACGUCAACAAAGCGCUGGACUUCAUCGCCAGCAAAGGAGUCAAACUGGUGUCCAUUGGAGCAGAGGAAAUCGUGGAUGGAAACGUGAAGAUGACUCUGGGAAUGAUCUGGACCAUCAUCCUCCGCUUCGCCAUCCAGGACAUCUCAGUGGAGGAAACCUCUGCUAAAGAAGGGCUGCUGCUCUGGUGUCAGAGGAAGACGGCUCCGUACAAGAACGUAAACGUGCAGAACUUCCACAUCAGCUGGAAGGAUGGACUGGCCUUCAACGCUCUGAUCCACAGACACCGACCCGAGCUCAUCGACUACGACAAACUGCGGAAGGACGACCCGGUGACCAACCUGAACAACGCAUUUGAAGUGGCUGAGAAAUACCUGGACAUUCCUAAGAUGUUGGACGCAGAAGAUAUCGUGGGUACUCUCCGGCCGGAUGAGAAGGCCAUAAUGACGUAUGUCUCCUGCUUCUAUCACGCCUUCUCUGGCGCUCAGAAGGCUGAGACAGCGGCCAAUCGGAUCUGUAAGGUUCUGGCUGUCAAUCAGGAGAACGAGCAUCUGAUGGAGGACUACGAGAAACUGGCCAGUGAUCUGUUGGAGUGGAUCCGCAGGACGAUCCCCUGGCUGGAGAACCGCGCUCCGGAGAAGACGAUGGCGGAGAUGCAGCAGAAGCUGGAGGACUUCCGUGAUUAUCGCCGCGUCCACAAACCUCCCAAAGUCCAGGAGAAAUGUCAGCUGGAGAUCAACUUCAACACCCUGCAGACCAAACUGAGGCUCAGCAACCGGCCGGCGUUCAUGCCUUCAGAGGGACGCAUGGUGUCGGACAUUAACGGGGCGUGGCAUAAGCUGGAGGGGGCGGAGAAAGGUUAUGAGGAAUGGCUGCUGUACGAGAUCCGCAGACUGGAGAGACUCGACCAUCUCGCCGAGAAAUUCCGCCAGAAAGCCGCCAUCCAUGAGAGCUGGACCGACGGUAAGGAGGCGAUGCUGACACAGAAAGACUACGAGACGGCGUCCCUGUCUGAGAUUAAAGCUCUGCUGAAAAAACACGAAGCCUUCGAGAGUGACCUCGCCGCUCACCAGGACCGAGUGGAACAGAUCGCAGCCAUCGCUCAGGAGCUGAAUGAACUGGACUACUACGACUCUCCCAGCGUGAACGCUCGCUGUCAGAAGAUCUGUGAGCAGUGGGAUAGUCUGGGUUCUCUCACACAGAACCGCAGAGAAUCUCUGGAGAGGACAGAGAAGCAGCUGGAGUCCAUCGACGAGUUAUACCUCGAGUACGCCAAGAGGGCGGCGCCGUUCAACAACUGGAUGGAAGGAGCCAUGGAGGACCUGCAGGACAUGUUUAUCGUCCACAACAUCGAAGAGAUCCAGGGUUUGAUCACGGCUCACGAACAGUUUAAGGCCACUCUGCCUGAGGCCAAUAAGGAGCGGGAGGCCAUCCAGGCCAUCCAGGCUGAGGUGCAGAAGAUCGCGCAGUACAACGGCAUCAAACUGGCCGGAACCAACCCGUACACCACCAUCACCCCCAGCAGCAUCGACAGCAAGUGGGACAAAGUGCAGCAGCUGGUGCCUCAGCGUGACCAGGCCCUGCAGGAGGAGCUCGGCCGCCAGCAGUCCAACGACCAUCUCCGACGCAGUUUCGCCAACCAGGCUAACAUCGUGGGACCGUGGAUCCAGACCAAGAUGGAGGAGAUUGGGCGGAUAUCCAUAGAGAUGAACGGAACUCUGGAGGAUCAGCUGACCCACCUGCGUCAGUACGAACAGAGCAUCAUCGACUACAAACCCAACAUCGACCAGCUGGAGGGGAAUCACCAGCUCAUCCAGGAGGCCCUCAUAUUCGACAACAAGUACACAGCCUACACCAUGGAGCACCUGCGCGUGGGCUGGGAGCAGCUCCUGACCACCAUCGCCCGCACCAUCAACGAGAUCGAGAACCAGAUCCUGACCAGAGACGCCAAGGGCAUCAGCCAGGAGCAGCUGCACGAGUACCGCGCCUCCUUCAACCACUUCGACAAGGACCACAGCGGCGCUUUAAUGGCCGAGGAGUUUAAGGCGUGUUUGAUCAGCCUCGGUUACGACGUGGAGAAUGACAAACAGGGCGACGCUGAGUUUGCCCGCAUCAUGGGCAUCGUCGACCCGAACAACAGCGGCGCGGUGACCUUCCAGGCCUUCAUCGACUUCAUGUCCCGGGAAACGACGGACACGGACACGGCCGACCAGGUCAUCGCUUCCUUCAAGAUCCUGGCUGGAGACAAAAACUAUAUAACGGCGGAGGAGCUGCGGCGGGAGCUGCCCCCGGAUCAGGCGGAGUACUGCAUCAGCCGCAUGGCGCCGUACGCCGGGCCGGACGCCGUACCCGGAGCGCUGGACUACAUGUCCUUCUCCACUGCUCUCUACGGAGAGAGCGACCUCUAAGGCCCAAAUCUCUCUCUCUUCUCUCUCUCUCUCUCUCUCUCUCUCUCACCCUCGAUCGCCCUCCCUCACACGCGCCCACCCUCUGACCACGCUGCGCGGGUGAGGGCGGCCCACCUGUCCAGUCUGAGCCGGGGGCGGCGCUGUGGGGGAGAGGAGGAGAGGAAGAGCUGCAAACGGGACUUUAAAGCACACCUGAGGGGGCGGGGCCAAGAUACGAUGGGGAUGGGUGGGUGGGGCUUACAAAGCGGGCGGGGCUUGUACCUGGUGGAUUUUGCGGGUGCAGACGGUCAGGGUAGUCCGGGUCAGCGCAGGAUUUGAUUUGAUACGAGCUCACGCGCCUGCAGACUUAUUAUUAUUAUUAUUAUUAUUAUUAUUAUUAUUUUGGGUUUUUUUCGUUUUUUUUUUUGUAGUCCUGGAAGAUGAACUAAUGAAGAGAGUUAUUCAUUUACGUUAGCCUUUAAUUAGUUUGAGAUUUCUCACCAGCAGAAGAAGAAGAAUCGGAUGAGCGAUCCGGCAAGUAAUAAAUAAGUAAAUAAAUAAACGAGAAGCUGAAAUAGUUGAGGUGAAAUUUAGCGCUGAAAGUGGUGCUCGUUUAAUCUGGGGUUCUGCCUUGUUUUCAAUCCCCACAUAUUCACGUUAUACACACAUACGAGCGCAGGCUCACUCAGCUUUACGCUAAUCAGUCUAAUGCUAAUUAGUUUUGUUGUUUGGGUGGGGGGUGGGGGUUUGGGGUGAUAUUGAUGAUUGAUAAUUGAUUAGUGAGGAUUGAUGAUCUGAUCAGCUGGUAGGUCGUGUCGGUAGAAGAGCAUAAGCCUAAAUAACGGUUAACAGAAGAUUUUUUGGAGGGAAAAAUGGAGAAUUGGCACGUUGGACCCUCUUAGCUGCAGCGCUGGAUCUCUGAUAUCUAACCUCAGCUUUUCCCCAUUUCUACUUUUUAUUAUUAUUUUUAUUUGUAUUUUUCCAGCAGUUCUGAGUUGGUGGGUUUCUGUGCUGUACAUACUUAUUAUUCCAGUACACGAAGUGAUGAGUGACCCACAGAGGGGCAUUCAGGGUGGAGAGCUGUAGACAGGGUUGAGAAGCUGACCGUUUGGAUUUUAGUGUCUUUUUUGGGCUCAGUAGGUGGCGCUAUAUCUGUAAUCUGUAUCUAAGCACAAAACCCAUUUACAGCUUCCUUUAUUAAUCACAUCGGCUUCAGCCAGAGUGAGUUUAACCAACGGAUUAAAGACGAAAACUGUUAGGAUUAUUUGGCGUAGAUGAUUAAUUGAUUAAUUGAACCUGAUCGAAGGAGUGACGGUUCUCACAGUUAAAAAUGAGUAAACGAAUAAAUUAAUAUCAGUAAUUAGAGUCUGUAGAUGCUCCUGGUCUUAAUGAACGUUCCAUUAUGUCUUAAUUAAAGAUGAAAUUACUGCGUAAUAAUCUAUGCAAUCACGUAUUCCAACAUCACCAACGAAUGCUGAGUCGGACGGUAACGGAGACAUGGAGCUGAGUGACGGUGCAGUGAUGGUGUGUGCGGUGGGGGUGGGGCAGGGGGAGGGGGAGGUGUUGGGGGGGGCGGGGGUUGUUAACCACACUCGGACCAAACGCCUGCUCUUUAUUCUGCCAGGAGGAAAAGCAUUUGGGGUUGUGAUUAUUUUUCUUUUUUUGUACUCUUUAAUAUCAGACCUUAUCUGCUGUACUGGAAACUGCUUUCUGUCUCAACAAUGAAGUGAGUUUCACAUGCACACAUAAAGUUUCCUUAUAAAAUAAA